AUGGAGGAUCGUACCGGAACGGAAAGAAUUUAUGGUGGGUGCGAGGGACCGGAUGCAAUGUACGUGAAGCUCAUCUCGUCUGAUGGACACGAGUUUAUUGUAAAGCGUGAACAUGCACUAACCUCCGGUACAAUUAAAGCCAUGCUGUCUGGUCCGGGACAAUUCGCCGAAAAUGAGGCCAAUGAAGUAAACUUUAGAGAAAUACCCUCGCACGUCCUGGAAAAGGUCUGCAUGUACUUCACUUACAAGGUGCGAUACACGAACAGCUCGACGGAAAUACCGGAGUUCCCAAUUGCACCGGAAAUUGCAUUGGAACUACUGAUGGCCGCUAACUUUCUCGACUGCUAGGAACUAGUGUUAUGGUUA